AAAAGCAAAGACACCAAAGAAAGUGAAGGAAGAAGAAGAGAGAGAGAGAGAGUGUGUGUGUAAGAAAGAGAGAGAAAGAACCGUUUGAGCAUUUUUGAGACGUUAUCGGACUUCAAAUCCUCAAUUCGCCGGAAUUUGGGACCAACGGUUGGAGUCCGGGAACUUAGGGUUUUCUUUCUUCUAUUCACAAAGUGCUUUUCUUUCUAACUUGUUAGGGUUUUCGCUACUUCGAAUUAGAGAAAUUCUUCGGAGAUUCUUCUUCUUCUUCGAUGGAAUUCGGUGUGUGAGGUUUCGGAUUCUAGGUGGGAGAGUGAGGGUUUGGUGAUGUUUACGCCGCAGAGGGCGUGGCCGGGCUGGUCCCUCACCCCUGGUAAGAGUGGGGCGCGUGGAACCGGGUCUGGUUCGGCUCCGAGUUCCGGUGAGGGUGGCGCUUCAAAGGGUAAAGGUUUGGCUUUUGGUGAGAAUGGCGCGAGCUUGGAUCGAGAGGCUUUGGCUGAGAGGAUUUCUAGCCUCGAGAAGGAGCUUUACGAGUAUCAAUAUAAUAUGGGGCUUCUCUUGAUUGAGAAAAAAGAGUGGAGCUCUAAGUAUAAUGAGCUGAAUCAAGAUUUGGCAGAAGUGAAGGAUGCUCUUGAAAGAGAAAAAUCUGCUCAUUUAAUUGCCAUCUCUGAGGCAGAGAAGCGGGAAGAGCAUCUGAGGAAGGCCUUGGGUGUUGAGAAAGAAUGUGUGCUUGAUCUAGAGAAGGCUGUGCGAGAAAUGCGCUCAGAGCAUGCAAAUAUUAAAUUUUCUGCAGAGUCAAAGUUGGCGGAAGCAAAUGCAUUGGUAGCUAGCAUUGAAGAGAAAUCUUUAGAAGUGGAAGCCAAGUUGCGCUCUGCUGAUGCCAAACUUGCAGAAAUAAGCAGAAAGAGUUCAGAGAUUGACAGAAAAUCACACGAUCUUGAGUCUCAAGAAGCUUUGCUUCGAAGGGAUCGCUUAUCUCUGAUUGCAGAGCAAGAAGCACAUGAGAGUACUUUAUCAAAGCAGAGAGAGGACUUGCGAGAAUGGGAAAAGAAACUGCAGGAGGGAGAAGAGAGGCUAGCCAAAGGUCAAAGAAUUCUCAAUGAAAGAGAACAGAGGGCUAAUGAGAAUGACAGGAUAUGCAGGCAGAAAGAGAAGGACCUUGAAGAUGCACAGAAGAAUAUUGAUGCUUCUAAUUUAACCUUGAGAAGUAAAGAAGAUGAUAUGAACAAAAGGCUUGCAAAUUUAACUGUAAAGGAGAAGGAGUGUGAUUCUAUUAAAGUAAAUUUGGACCUCAAAGAGAAGGAGUUAUCUGCAUGGGAGGAAAAACUCAGUGCGAGGGAAAAUGUCGAGAUUCAGAAGCGUCUUGAUGAACACAAUGCCAUUCUAGAGGUAAAGAAGCAGGAGUUUGAAUUGGAAUUAGAGGAGAAAAGAAAAUCCUUUGAAGAUGGAUUGAAGAAUAGAUUGGUCGAAUUGGAGAAUAAAGAAGCUGAAAUCAGCCAUAUGGAGGAGAAAGUUGCAAAACGUGAGCAGGCACUGGAAAAGAGAGCAGAAAAACUCAAGGAGAAAGAGAAAGAGUAUGAACAGAAGUUAAAAGCUUUGAAGGAAAGGGAGAAAUCUACUAAGGCUGAGGAAAACAACAUGCAGAAGGAGAGACGGAAAAUAGAAAAUGAGAAAGAAGAAUUGCUCAGUCUUAAGGCUGAAGUUGAAAAAAUAAGGGCUAACAAUGAAGAAGAGUUAUUGAAGAUAAAUGAAGAGAUAAAUCGUCUUAAAGUCACUGAUGAGGAGAGAUCUGAAUAUUUGCGCUUGCAGUCACAAUUGAAGCAUGAAGCUGAUCAGUACAGGCUGCAGAAAGAACUGCUUCUGAAGGAAGCUGAUGACCUGAGGCAACAAAAGGAGACUUUUGAAAGAGAAUGGGAUGAGCUGGAUGUAAAAAGAGCUGAUACUGAGAAAGAGCUAAAAGAUGUGAUUAAGCAGAAGGAAGAAAUGUUAAAACUCCAACAACAUGAAGAAGAGAAGUUAAAGAAUGAGAAGCAGGCUGCACAGGAUUAUGUACAAAGGGAGUUGGAAACUAUUAAGUUGGCCAAAGAGUCUUUUGCUGCUGAAAUGGAGUUGGAGAAGUCAAGUCUGGCUGAGAAAGCUCAAAGUGAGAGAAGCCAAAUGCUUCUGGAUUUUGAGCUGCGAAAAAAAGAACUUGAAGCUGAUAUGCAGAAUCAGUUUGAGCAGAAGGAAAAAGAAUUCCUAGAGAGGAGGCAAUUAUUUGAGGAAAAAAGAGAGAGUGAAUUGAACAAUAUUAAUUUCCUGAGAGAAGUGUCUAAUAGAGAAAUGGAGGAAAUGAAACUUCAAAGAACUAAACUAGAGAAGGAGAAACGAGAAGCUGAUGAGAGUAAAAAUCAUCUUGAAAGGCAAAGGAUGGAGAUGCAGGAGGAUAUAGAUGUUCUUGUUGACCUUAAUAGGAAGCUCAAAAGUCAGAGGGAACAAUUUAUUCUGGAGAGACGUCGUUUUAUUGACUAUGUUGAGAAAUUUAGGAGUUGCCAAAACUGUGGGGAAAUGAUCUCUGAAUUUGUGCUGUCUAAUUUACAAUCUUCGGAUGACAUUGAGAAUAUAGAGGUACCUUCUCUCCCAAAAUUGGCCGGGAAUAUUCAGGGUGGUUCUAAUGUGAACUUGGCUGCUGCUUCAAGGCAAAAUACUGAUGCAUCGCCUGCUGCUGAUCCAAAGUCGCCAGUUUCUGCACGCACAAUUUCUUUUCUACGCAAAUGCACUAACAUUUUCAAGAUUUCCCCAAUUAGAAAGAGAGAGUCUGAAGAUGUUGAGAGCUUAAGAGAUGUGGUUGAUUUGACUGUGGAGGAAAAUGAUGAAGAUUCACAACAGAGAAUUCCCGGCACUGAAAAUGAAGCUGAGUUGUCAUUUGCUAUUGUAAAUGAUUCUUUUGAUGUUGGAAGGGUACAAUCUGGCAAUGAUGUUGCUGAGGCUGAGGUCAACCAUGAACCAUCAAUUGAUAAUCAGAGUAAUAUCAACAGUAAGGCACCCGAAGAUUCCCAGCCCCCUGAAGAAAACUUUGAGCAGCAGAAACCUCGCAAAGGUGGGAGGAAAGUAAAGCGUACACAAACGGUGAAAGCUGUUCUCAAAGAGGCUAAGGCUAUACUUGGUGACUCAAAAGCUGCUGAGGCUGUACCUGGGGAAUCUGUGAAUGAUCAUGAGUCGGAGUUACCAAAUGGAAAUGCUGAGGAUUCUGCCAACACGAAUUCUGAACACCUGAAACCAUCCACUAGAAGGACGCAAGUGAACACACGGAAGCGAAAUCGAGCUCAGACAUCUCAAACUGUUGGUGGGCAUGAUGGUGAUGCCAGUGAAGGACAGUCUGACAGCAUAGUAGCAGCGCAAAACAAAAGGAGGCGACAGAAGACUGCUGCUCCUCCUGUACAAGCCGCUGCUGGAACUAGAUAUAAUCUGAGGCGAUCAAAAGCUGGAGCAACAACUUCGUCCGUUAGAGCAAUGUCUGGGGCAGGCACAGAAAGUGAGAGAGCGGUUGAUCGUGUAAAAGAUGCAGAUGAAGGAAUUGUAAACUCAAAACCUUCUUCACUUUCAGUAGAUGUUACUAAUGAGAACGGUGGAAGCAUACAUGUUGAACAGUCUGAGAGAAUUGUGGAGAAAGAGGAUGUUUAUGAUGAGACAACAAGGGAAUUUACGAACAAUAUGGCCUUGAGCGAAGAGGUGAAUGGAACAACGGAUAAUGUGGAGGAACAUGAUGCCGAGAAUAGGAGCGAAUCCCACAGCCAAGAUGCCAUUGGCGACGAGGAUGAGGACGAGGAUGUGGAUGAUGAAGACUACCAGCCGCAACCGGGUGAAGCUUCAAUAGGCAAGAAGAUUGGUAUGUCGAUUUUGAAGUUUCUGACUACAUAAUUAUACACCAUCUUCAUGAGAAUGGAGGUUUGGUGUGUUGUCUUUUGACCCUCGUCGACUUUAGGAAAUGAUGUCGGAAGUCACCUUGUAUUAACAAAUUGUUGGAUGUAGAUCCCAGUUAUAACCACCGGGGCACAUAGGAGGAGCGAUAAUUGAGUGUCAUGUUUAGCUUCUUUUUUUAAUUAAUGUUGUGAUGAAUAUUCGAACCCUCUGGUAUUUGUUGAUAAUUGUAGGCAUUCGGAUAGUGUAGCUUCAAGUAUUAGUAGAGAUUGGAAUCAUAGCUACCUCCCAAUGGAAAUUGAUUGUAUUCAAAUGUUUUGUAUUUCUGUCGUUUAAUUUCCUGCUGUUUGAUUUGUUUGAAUCUCAUGACGA